AUGGAAAUGAUUUCUACUGAUGAUGAUGAUGGUAUUCAAGUGAUCGAACUUGUAAAUUUUGGAGAAUCUUCUAUUGAACCAGAAGAAAUAUCAAAUUUGUCUUCAAAUACACAUAAUGAAAUAAAACAAAACAAUAAUGAAAUUAAUGAUACGAUUUCAAAACAUCUUCCUGGGGGAAUAUCAAAUUUAACUGUAGGUUUUAUUAGUUUUUUUCUAUUUACAUGUAUUAUGGCGACUGCUGGAAUCAUUAUUGUUUGUUUAACUGCACCAAAACCACAGGGUGCAAAAUGCGAGUUAAAAUUCUCAGCAGUAUUAACAAAUCCAAUAGAAUAUAAAGUUGGUACACGAUCAAUUGCUGUUGCUGAUUUAAAUAAUGAUACAUGGUUAGAUUUAGUUAUUACUGAUUCUGGCGUUAACGAGAUAUCUAUUUAUUAUGGAGAUAAAGAUGGAAAUUUUAUAAAACAAAAUGAAUAUUCAACUGGUUCAAAUUCUAUUCCAUAUAUGGUUGCUAUUGGUGAUCUUAAUAAUGAUUAUCAAUUAGAUAUUGUAGUUACUGAUAUUGGUAUAAAUAAUAUUCGAAUAUUUUUUGGAUCUGGAAAUGGAUCAUUUAUUAAUUAUAAAGAUAUUUCAACAUAUUCAUCUCGUCCAAUAUUUAUUAAUUUAGUUGAUUUUAAUAAUGAUACAUUACUUGAUAUGAUUACAAUUAAUUAUGGAAAAAAUACUAUAAGUAUAUAUUAUUCAACUGGUAAUGGUACAUUUUUAAAUCCAUUAAAUUAUUCAACAGGUUAUGAUUCAUUAUCAUCAUCGUUAAUUACUGGAGAUUUUAAUAAUGAUCAAUAUUUAGAUAUUGCUAUAACAAAUUAUGGAACAAAUAAUAUUCAAAUUUUAUUUGGAAAUCAUAAUGGAAGUUUAAGCAAUGAAAUGAUUAUUUAUACUGGUAUUAAUUCUCAUCCAUCAUCUAUAGCUGUUGGUUAUUUUAAUAUGGAUUCUUUUCUUGAUAUUGCUAUUACCAAUUAUGGAACUAAAACUAUUGGUGUCUUUAUAAAUAAUGGGAAUGGAAAUUUUCCAAAUCAAACUAUUUAUCCAAUAAAUUCUACUUCUCCAUAUUCAAUUGAUGUUGGUGAUUUUAAUCAAGACAACGAAAUGGAUUUAGCUAUUAUUGGUAUUGGUAUUAAUAAUACUGGUUUACUUCUGGGGUAUGGGGAUGGUACUUUUUCUGAUGCAAGAAUGAAUUCAAGUGGGUCAUCAUCCUCAAUUUCAUUUGCUAUCUGUGAUUUUAAUAAAGACAAUCGAUUAGAUAUGAUUAUUGUUAAUAAUGAUACUGAUAGUAUAGAUAUUCUUCUCGGUUAUUUUGAAGGAUAUAAACGUCCAGUAAUGUUUACAACGGGUUCUUCACCACGAUCUCUUGCUGUCGGUGAUUUCAAUAAUGAUACUAAACUUGAUAUAGUUGUUGGCAAUUAUUUAAAUAACUCAAUCAGUAUUCUUUUUGGAUAUGCUAAUGGUUCUUUUGCGCAGCAACUUACAUAUGGAACUACCUAUAGUCCGUCUUCUUUAGCUGUGGGUGAUUUUAAUAAUGACAACAGAUUGGAUAUUGUUGUCGUUACUAAUUCCCGUUCGAAUAAUAUAAUUGUUUAUCUUGGAGAUGGCAAUGGUUCUUUUCCAAAUCAAAUACCAUAUACAGUUCCUAUUCCGCUACACGCCGUGGCUGUUGGGGAUUUCAAUAAUGACAAUCAACUAGAUAUUGUUAUUAACAAUCCUAGUAGUAAUUUUGCAUAUGUUCUUUUUGGAGUUGGUAAUGGUUCUUUUAUAAAUGCUACGGGACGUUCUACUGGUUCUCAACCAUACUCUGUAGCUGUUGGCGAUUUUAACAAUGAUAAUCAGCUAGAUAUUGCUGUUCCUAAUUAUGGUGACAAUACCAUUAGUGUUAUUCUUGGAUAUGGUAAUGGAUCUUUUAAAGAUCAGAUAAUAUAUUUUACUGGUCGUACGCCAUAUUUUAUAGCUGUUGGUGAUUUCAACAAUGAUACUCAAUUAGAUAUGGCUGUUGCUAAUUAUGAUAGCCGUAAUAUAGGAAUUUUUCUUGGAUUUGGUAAUGGUUCUUUUGCAAAACAAGUUACAUAUGCAGCUAAAAAUAGUCCAACAUAUAUAGCGGUCGGUGAUAUUAAUAAUGAUACUCGACUGGAUAUUAUCAUCAGCAGUCCUUUACUUACAGUCGUCGUUGUUCUUUUUGGAGAUAAUGAUGGUAAUGGUACUUUUCCAACUAAUAUGGCAUUUUAUACUGGCGUUUAUUCAUAUCCUGUCGCUAUUGGGGAUUUCGAUAAUGAUACUCGACUAGAUAUCGUCGUCGCGCAAUACAAUAGCAGUAAUAUUAGUGUGAUCCAUCAGUAUAAUCGAGGAGCCAUUUACAACCAAGACAGCUAUGCAUCUGGUGGUGGUUCUAGUUUACGAUCUUUUAUCAUUGCUGAUUUAAAUAAUGAUAAUCAUUCGGAUAUCAUUGUUGCUAAUUAUGGUACUGACGAUGUUGGUAUUCUAUUUGGGUAUGGAAAUAGUACUUUUAUGGAACAGAUAACGUUUGAUAUGACUUCAAACUCUCAUCCAUCAUCCAUUACUAUUAAUGAUUUCAAUGGUGAUAAUUAUAUAGAUAUUGCUGUAACCAAUUAUGGUACACAAAAUCUAGGAAUGUUACUCGGAAACGGAAAUGGAUCAUUUGCAAUUCAAAGCAUUUAUCUAGAUGAUGUUCUUUUCAGUCCUAUUGCUAUUGCGUCUGGUAAUUUUGAUAAUGACAAUCGAUCAGAAGUUGUUGUUGCGUAUGAUGGAAGUGAUAAUAUCGAUAUAUUUUUUUCAUACAAUACUGGAUCCUUUACAAAUCAAACGACAUAUCCAACUGGUUCUCUGCCAUAUGCUGUAGCUGUUGGUGAUUUCAACAACGAUACGCAUCUGGAUGUAGUUGUUGCCAAUGCUAAUGCUAAUAAUGUGAGUAUCCUUCUUGGAUAUGGAAAUGGUUCUUUCACAAGUCAGGUGACAUAUGCAACUGGUUCGUUUCCAGAAUCUCUCGCUGUUGGUGAUUUUAACAACGACAAUCAAUUAGAUAUCGUCGUUGGCAAUGCACUUGGCGGUAAUAUUAUCAUCCUUCUCGGAUUUGGUAAUGGUUCUUUUAUAGCUCAAAGUCCAAUAUCAACUGAUGCAACUCCACGGUGUAUAGCAAUUGGUGAUUUUAACAAUGACACGAAGUUAGAUAUUGUCGUUACCAGUCUUACUUAUAACAGAACAAAUAUCUUUCUUGGAUCUGGUGAUGGAUCUUUUGCUCUCUUCAAGCGAUAUCCAACUGGUCAUUCUCCUCGAUCGGUAGCUAUUGGUGAUUUCGAUAAUGAUGGUCAACUAGAUCUCGUUACUGCUAACUAUGAUGAUAACAAUGUGGGUGUACGUUUGGGAAAUGGUGAUGGUUCUUUCAAAAGUCAAAUGACUUUUUCAACUGAUAUAGGGGCACAAUAUGUAGCUGUUGGUGAUUUUGACAAAGACAAUAACCUUGAUAUUGUUGUCGCCGCAACAUAUCAGUCAAAAAUGAAUUAUCUAGGUGGAUAUGGUAAUGGAUCUUUUCAAAAUAGAACCACGUAUCCAAUUGGUUCACUUUCAUUAUCUCUAGCUGUUGGUGAUUUCAACAAUGAUGGUCAAUUAGACGUUGUUCUUCCAAAUCAAGGUAGUGAUGAUAUCAGUAUACUUCUUGGAUAUGGGAAUGGUUCUUUUGCAACUCAAAUAAAACAUUCAACUGGGUCUGGUCCAUAUUUUGUAGCUAUUGGUGAUUUUAAUCACGACAACUUACUUGAUAUUAUUGUUCCUGAUUCACAAAAUGACAAUGCCAUGAUACUUUUUGGAUGCACCAAUCAAGUUUUUGUAAAAAAAACUACGCUUUCAACUACUAAAAAUUCUCGACCAAAGUCAUUCAUCAUUGAAGAUUUUAAUAAUGAUACUUUUAUGGAUAUUGUUAUUACUAAUUCUGGUACAAAUAAUAUUGGUAUUUUUCUUGGAUAUGGUAAUACCUCGUUUUCAAAUCAAACAACAUUUUCUACUGGAUUAAAUUCUUCUCCAUCUAGUAUAGCAUUUGGUGAUUUUAAUAAUGAUACUAUACUAGAUAUUGUUGUUACUAAUUCUGCUUCAAAUAAUAUUGGUGUUUUUCUUGGGUCUGGUAAUGGUUUAUUUCAAAAUCAAACAACUUAUUCAACUGGUCCGUCUUCACGUCCAUAUUCUGUAGCUGUCAAUGAUAUUAACAAUGACUCUAUACUUGAUAUUGCUGUUACUAAUUAUGCUUCUAGUGAAAUUAGUCUAUUUCUUGGCUAUAGUAACGGCACAUUUGCAAAUCAAAUUAUCUAUGCAAUGGAAUAUGGAUCUGAACCAUUUUCUAUUAUUAUUGACGAUUUCAAUGGCGAUAAAAAAUUAGAUUGUGCUAUAGCAAAUAAUGGAACUGACAAUUUAAAUAUUUUUUUACAGACUUGUUAA